AUGCUGCAUGGUAACGACAUGACUAAACCCUUUUCCAUAAGUUUCGGAUCCAAUAAAUCAAAACAGCCACCAGCUCCUUUGAAUGGUCGCAAGCGCCCUCGAUCAGCACUUGAAGACCACGACCUUGACAAUGACUCUGAUCAGGAGGAGAAGGCCGUAGCAGUGACGGCUUUUGACGCAAAGGGUGCUGUCAGUGCUGCCCCGGUCUACGCAAAGAGUCCACUCGUCAUUCAGCCGCAGAAAAAUAGGGACUGGCGAGAAGAGUCUCGCAGGAAACGUGGCAAGAAUCUGUUGCCGGCGGAAAUACAGGCCUCUCAAAAUCGUGCAAACGGCGUACAAAAUGGGCAUAGUGAGCAAGACGAAGUAUCACUGGAGGCGGGCUUGAAGAUCAUGGCUCAUGACCAGGAUGGAGAUACUUCCAUGACGAAUGGCCAUGGUUUGACUACAAAUGACACAAAUGCCCCUGAGCCAGAAAAAGAGCAAACCGCGGAUGACGCUGCUCUGGAAGCGCUCCUAGGUCAGAAAAGGUCCACUCUAGUCAUUCCGUCCGCCGAUUCACCUCCGGUGAAUGACGGCUUUUACGAAACUACAGAACUCUCUGAGGACGCAAGAGUUCGCGCCGACGUUGCCUCUAGACCCCCGGUUGCUUCAUUAGAUGACUAUGCUCGGGUUCCAGUGUUCGAAUACGGAACCGCUAUGCUAAGGGGUAUGGGAUGGUCAGAAGGACAAAGUGUCGGUAGAGGCAAGAUUAAAGCCAACGCUCCUCGAAAAGUGGAGCGUAGACCAGCGCUGUUGGGCCUGGGCGCCGCAGAGGUCCCUGGCGGAGUCGGCGAGGAACUCGGCGCAUGGGGCAAAGCAACUAAAGGUAACAAGAAAAACGAUAUUUCAUACAGCCCUGUAACGCGCAAGGACAAAAUCACCGGGGAGCUGCUCACGGAAGCUGAAUUUGAGGCGAAGAAAGCAGAGGCGAACAAGCCUAGGGAUGGGGCUGGGGAGGAUUGGAGGGAAAGACGAGAUCGGAAUUUGGCUGCGGAUAAGGAGAGGAAGCGCGAUCGGCUGGCUGUUGAAGACGGGAGGGAUGGCGAUCACAGACGGAGAGACAGGAGUCGGUCAAAGGAGAGACGGAGGCACGGAGAGUCAAAAAGAGAUCGAUCUCGCUCUGGCGAGCGCAGUCGACAUUCCUCGUCGAGAAGGGAAAGAAGCCGUUCCGUUGAGCGCAGUCGACAUGGUUCGUCGCGUCGAGAACGAAGCAAGAGCCGGGAACGGAGGCGUGAUCGACGCGACCAUGACGAUUGUGACAAGAAAAUCAGGGACUACGAUAAAUAUGAUAAAGAUCGCCGGCGGUAG